CUCUAGUAUCUCCAUAUAAAAUCAUGUGUAGCUCGACAUGUGUUUCAACACACCUGUUUCAGUUGAGCAAGAGCUUAUUACGGCAAUGAAUAGAUGGUCAGGUGGGCAUGAUUACGGUUGGAGCUAAAAUCUUCAGGAAGGUAGAUCUCCAGGAACAGGAACAUAAGGAGAUUAACAGCCCGCAUCAUUACGUCACCGCGCCACGCCGUCCGACGUCCCUCCAGAAUUUCACGUAUCAACAUACAGUUGGUCUUCGUUAUGUGUGUUGAGCGUCAAUCAGGAUGUACAGCUUCAUGGGAGGAGGCCUUUUCUGUGCCAUUGUGGCCAACAUCCUCCUGGUGGUGUCCACAGCCACUGAUUACUGGAUGCAGUACCGCCUAUCAGGCAGUUUCGCUCAUCAGGGCCUGUGGCGCUACUGCAUGUCGGGCAAGUGCUACAUGCAGACGGACAGCAUUGCAUACUGGAAUGCCACAAGGGCCUUCAUGAUCCUGUCAUCGAUGUCAUGCUUCGCAGGGAUCAUCGCCGGCAUUCUUUCCUUCACCCACUUCUCUGGAUUUGAGAGAUUCAGUCGUUCCUUUGCUGCAGGGAUCAUGUUUUUCGUUUCGACUCUCUUUGUUUUUCUGGCUAUGGCGAUCUACACCGGGGUGACGGUGAACUUCCUGGGAAAGCGCUUUGGUGAUUGGCGUUUCUCCUGGUCCUACAUACUCGGUUGGGUUGCUCUGCUCAUGAACUUCUUUGCAGGUAUAUUUUACAUGUGUGCUUACAGGAUGCACGAGUGCAGGCGAGUCGCCGGAUCACGCUAGAUGGAUAAAAACAAGAGGAAUCCAUAGUGGAAUUGUAAUAUGUUGUUAGUAUAUUGCUAAACAUAAAUGAAAGAUAUUAUAGUAGAUAUUAACUUCAUAGGAAGGACAAGGAUAAGCAACUAGCAAGCCUCUUUCCAGAAAAAUCAACUCACUCAAUCAAUCUCAAGAGUAAAUCAGAGUAAAUGGUGGAAAAGCAUUAAAAAUGUCCUGAAGAUAAUGGCAGUCUCUGUUUAACUCUGAUAAAUGACUUUCCCUUUCAGCAGUAACAACAUUAUCAUCAUCAAGGCAGUGUCGAAAUUUAAGUGGCAAAGUGAACAGGAUGUAGAUUGAAAUGUUGCAUUCAAACUGGGCAGAUUUGGGGCAGAAUAAAUGAUCAGACCAUUCUGA